AUGACACUCAUGGCUGCCAAGUUCACGCCCGAGGUAUUGCUCUCGGCCCCUCGCCGGUCUCCAGGACUACCCAAUCCCUCCGGCAAGCUUGCAUUGUAUACGGUCUCUUCUUACUCCUUUGAGGACCACAAGAAGACUUCGCAAAUCCGUGUUCUUGAUGUUAGCUCUGGUGAAUCAUCCCCGCUCAUCGAAGAGCCGGGGGCUAGCGAACCAGUUUGGAUUGGGGAGGAUGAGGUCCUCUAUCUCAAGGCCGGCGAACAUGGCAACACUUCUCUAGUUGUCCGCCAGCUCGGGUCCGCCGAAGCCUCAUCGUCGUAUGAGGCUGGCUCAGUCAAGGCCCCUAUUUCCGAGGUCAUUGUCAAGGCACUGCCCAACGGCACGGUGGCUUUUGCCUGCUCGGCAACGACGAAUCCCCAUGGAGAGCUCCAUAAUCCCGAGGUAGAAAAGGAGCCGCACUCGUCCGCCAAGGUUUAUACCAGCCUCUUUGUCCGGCACUGGGACACUUGGGGUAGUAAGAACUCGAGCUCCAUCUUUUACGGCGCUCUUGAGAAGAAGGACGGCAAGUACUCGCUCAAAGACAACAAGUUGACCAAUGCUCUUGCGGGAACUGGCCUCUCCUCGCCAGUGCCACCGUUCGGCGGCUCUGGCGACUUUGAUAUCAGUUCAUCAGGACUGGUGUUUGUGGCUAAGGACCCCAAACUCGACGCUGCGAUCUACACCAAAACGGACCUCUACUUCAUCCCCCUCGAGACCUUCACCGAGACUAACCCACCCUCACCACGAAUCGUCAAGACGCCCGGCCUUGAAGGAUACUCCAACAGCCCCGUUUUCUCUAACUCCGGGCGCAAGGUUGCAUUCACACGCAUGCGCAGCAACCAGUACGAGUCGGACAAGCCGCGUCUCCUCAUCGUCCCCGACAUCGCCGACCCAGAAACUACGGAGGAGUUCUACGCGACCAAGGAUGGUGACGGUGGCUGGGACACCCGCCCAGAGUCGGUUCUGUGGAGCCAUGACGAUGCCACGCUCUAUGUUACCGCUGAAGAUCGCGGCCGCACGCUGAUCUUUGAACUCCCUUCCACACCAUCCAAGGCUACCUCCAUCCCCACUCCCAUCAAGACCCCCGAAGGCAGCGUCAAUUCCUUCCACCUCAUCGCCAACCCUUCCACAACCAGCCAAGCAAAAGACCACCUCUUCGUCACGUCCACAUCCCUGAUCGACAACUCCAACUACGCCAUCACCCACCCCGCCUCCGGAACCUACAGCGUCGUUUCGUCCGCCUCCAAGCAAGGCAAAUCCUUCGGUCUCUCCCGCGGCUCCAUCGACUCCAUCACCUUCCGCGGCGCCGGCGGCGACUACGACGUGCACGCGCUCGUGGUACGCCCGUCGUCGUACUCGCCCGAAAAGAGAUACCCGCUCUGUAUGCUCAUCCACGGCGGGCCGCAAGGCGCCUGGCAGGACUCGUGGUCCACGCGAUGGAACCCGGCUGUGUUUGCUGAGCAAGGAUAUGUGGUCGUGUGUCCCAACCCGACGGGCAGUACGGGCUAUGGUAUGGCGUUGGAGGACGGGAUCAAGGGUGACUGGGGUGGACGGCCGUAUAAUGAUCUGGUGAAGUGUUUUGAAUACGUGGCGGAGAAUUUGCCCGAGGUGGACGUCAACCGCGCUGUGGCGUUGGGCGCGAGUUAUGGCGGGUACAUGAUUAACUGGAUCCAGGGCCACCCACUCGGGCGCAAGUUCAAGGCACUGGUCUGCCACGACGGUGUGUUCAGUACGCUAAACCAAUGGUCCACGGAGGAGCUUUUCUUCCCGAUCCAUGACUUCGAGGGAACUAUCUACGACAACCGGGCGGGCUACGAGAAGUGGGAUCCGGCACGGUUUGUGAAUGAGUGGGCAACGCCCCAGCUGAUCAUUCACAGCGAGCUGGACUACCGUCUCCCCGUCACCGAGGGCCUGGCGGCAUUCAACGUCUUGCAGGCUAAGAAGGUGCCUAGCAAACUGCUGAUGUUCCCGGAUGAGAACCACUGGGUACUGAAGCAUGAGAACUCGCUCGUUUGGCAUCGUGAGGUGCUGGCUUGGAUCAACAAAUACUCGGGGAUCGAAGAGGAACAACAAAAGGGGUUGACGGACGGGGUUGGUCAGUUGAAGGUGUAA